AUGGAAUUUUAUACUCCAGGGAGACUGAAAUCAAACCCUAAUAGUUCAAAGGACUACCACAAUUCAAAGUUAUCAUGGAUUUGGACAAAGAUUACAUUAGAAGACUUGCAGAAAGCCAUUAAAUUGACUCCUGGGAACAAGGCGUCUGGCAACGACUGCUUGCCUGCUGAAGUCUACAAAUGUGCCAGCAAUGAAUUACUUCGAAAGCCCCAUGAAGUUAUACUUCUCUGUUGGAAAGAGGAAGUGAAAGAUGAAGGUAGUGAUGCUAGUUUGAGUGAUAGCCACAUAUCCCCUCCUGCCAAACGUACCUCGAAACAUGCUGAUCCUGUGUGCAAAGACAAAUCAAAAUCACGCAGUACUGGGCAGCGAGAGGAAUGGAGCAUCUCAAGUGGACAGUCCAGGUUAACAUCUCAGCCUGGUGCAACGUUACCAAAUGGACGUAGCUUAUCUCUCAAAAGCCAUUCCCUUCGAGGGGAAAAAAAGGGAGAUGGGGACCAUGCUUGCAUAAACGGAGAUAUAGAAGUCAGAAAAAGUUGUCGGUCCAGGAAAAACAGAUUUGAAACUUUGAAUCAGAGUUUGCUAUUUGAUCAGCUAGUAAACAGUACUGCUGAAGCUGUACUACAAGAAAUGGAUAAUAUUAAUAUCAGGCGUAAUAGGCGAUCUGGAGAAGUAGAACGGCUGCGAAUGUGGACAGACACAGAAUUUGAAAACAUGGACAUGUAUUCUCGAGUAAAGAGGAGGAGGAAAUCACUGAGGAGAAAUAGCUAUGGUAUUCAGAACCAUCAUGAAGUGUCCACUGAAGGGGAGGAAGAAGAAUCUCAAGAGGAAGAUGGAGAUAUAGAAGCAGAGGAGGCAGAAGGAGAAGAAAAUGAUCGACCGUAUAAUUUAAGACAAAGAAAAACUGUAGAAAGGUAUCAAGCACCUCCAAUAGUGCCAGCUCAUCAAAAAAAGAGGGAAAAUACGCUGUUUGAUAUCCAUAGAUCUCCUGCAAGAAGAAGCCAUAUCAGGAGAAAGAAACAUGCCAUUCAUAGCAGCGAUACAACCUCUUCAGAUGAAGAACGCUUUGAAAGGAGAAAAUCUAAAAGUAUGGCCAGAGCAAGAAACAGAUGUCUUCCUUUGAACUUCAGAGCAGAAGACUUAGCCAGUGGAAUCUUACGAGAACGAGUGAAAGUUGGUGCAAGUUUGGCAGAUGUAGAUCCUAUGAUUGUUGACAGAUCGGUACGUUUUGAUAGUAUAGGUGGAUUGAGUCAUCAUAUUCACGCCCUAAAGGAAAUGGUAGUGUUUCCUCUUCUCUAUCCUGAAAUCUUUGAAAAAUUCAAAAUUCAGCCACCAAGGGGCUGUUUGUUCUAUGGUCCUCCUGGAACAGGUAAAACAUUGGUAGCUAGAGCUCUAGCUAAUGAAUGCAGCCAAGGAGACAAAAAGGUGGCUUUCUUUAUGAGGAAAGGAGCUGACUGUCUGAGCAAGUGGGUUGGAGAAUCUGAACGUCAGCUUCGUCUCCUUUUUGAUCAGGCAUACUUGAUGAGGCCCUCUAUAAUCUUCUUUGAUGAAAUAGAUGGGUUGGCCCCAGUUCGGUCUAGUAGACAAGACCAGAUUCACAGUUCUAUAGUGUCUACCUUACUUGCCCUCAUGGAUGGACUGGAUAAUAGAGGAGAAAUAGUUGUAAUUGGUGCUACAAACAGACUUGAUUCUAUAGACCCUGCACUCAGGAGACCUGGUCGCUUUGACAGGGAAUUUCUUUUCAACCUGCCUGAUCAAAAGGCAAGAAAGCACAUUUUACAAAUUCAUACCAGGGACUGGAACCCUAAAUUGUCAGAUCCUUUUUUAGGAGAACUAGCUGAAAAAUGUGUUGGGUACUGUGGAGCUGACAUAAAAGCACUUUGCACUGAGGCUGCCUUGAUUGCCCUGCGACGGCGCUAUCCCCAGAUUUACGCAAGCAGUCAGAAACUGCAGCUUGAUGUUUCUUCAAUAGUUCUCAGCGCACAAGAUUUUUAUCAUGCAAUGCAGAAUAUUGUGCCUGCUUCCCAACGUGCUGUGACCUCUUCAGGACAUGCAUUAUCUCCUGUCAUAAGGCCGCUGCUGGAACGAACCUUCAGUAAUCUUCUGUUGGUUUUACACAAAGUGUUUCCCCAUGCUGAGUUCAGUCAGGCGGAUAAAAGUGAAGAUACACCAAGCCUAAUAUUAGAUGAUAGUGAAGAUGAGAGUGCUUCAUCAAUUUUUGAGACAAACUGUCACUCAGGAUCACCAAAGAAACAGUCAUCAGCUGCUACACAUAAACCCUACCUUCAUUUUACAACGUCAGCUUACCACCAGCCAACCUCCUACAGGCCAAGAUUACUGCUAUCUGGAGAGAGAGGUUCGGGUCAGACUUCGCACCUGGCCCCAGCACUAUUGCACACUCUUGAAAAAUUCUGUGUACACAGGCUAGAUCUGCCAGCACUUUAUUCAGUCAGUGCCAAAACACCUGAAGAAUCGUGUGCACAGAUAUUUCGUGAAGCUCGAAGAACAGUACCAAGUAUUGUUUACAUGCCUCAUAUUGGUGACUGGUGGGAAGCUGUUAGUGAAACUGUGAGAGCUACUUUUUUAACUUUGCUGCAAGAUAUACCAUCAUUCUCCCCUAUAUUUCUGCUGUCUACCUCUGAAUCUAUGUACAGUGAAUUGCCUGAAGAGGUGAAGUGUAUCUUCAGAAUCCAAUAUGAAGAGGUUUUUUAUAUACAAAGACCAAGUGAAGAAGACAGACUGAGGUUUUUCCAAGGGUUAAUUCUUGAUCAGGCUGCAGUGCCUCCCCCAAGAAGGAAACAGGCUGCUCUUUGUGCUGUGGAAGUUCUUCCGCUUGCACUGCCCUCUCCUACCCGUCAGCUGUCCGAAUCAGAAAAACAACGAAUGGAGGACCAGGAGGAGAACACGUUGAGAGAGCUGCGGCUGUUUCUCAGAGAUGUUACCAAGAGGCUGGCCACAGACAAACGCUUUAACAUCUUCAGCAAACCGGUGGAUAUUGAAGAGGUUUCAGAUUAUCUUGAAGUUAUCAAAGAGCCAAUGGACCUUUCUACAGUAAUAACCAAAAUUGAUAAACACAACUAUCUAACAGCCAAGGAUUUCCUAACAGACAUUGAUCUCAUCUGUAGUAAUGCAUUAGAGUAUAAUCCAGACAAAGACCCUGGAGAUAAAAUAAUUAGACACAGAGCUUGUACCUUAAAGGAUACAGCACAUGCCAUAAUUGCUGCUGAGUUGGAUCCAGAAUUUAAUAAAAUGUGUGAAGAAAUCAAGGAAGCAAGAAGAAAAAGAGGCUUAUCAGUAACAGCAGAGCAAAUAAAUUCUCAUGGUUCCACUGUACGGAAAACUGAAACUAGAGUUGAAGAGGCAUUUCGGAACAAACAGAAAAGUGCCAUGGCAGUUUGGCACAAUUCUGCGAAUAAAUGUGCAUUUCGAAUAAGAAGAAAGUCAAGGCGGCGUUCUCAGUGGGGCAAAGGAAUUAUCAAGAAAAGAAAAGUCAACAAUUUGAAGAAAGAUGAUGAUGAUGCAAAGUUUGCUGAUGAUGAAAAUCAUGGGGAUGAUAGCAAGCUGCUGGAGAAUGGGGAGCUAGAGAUCAGUACAGACUGCAUUGAAGAAAAUGGAGAGGAAACGGGAGACCUGUCGAUGACAAAUGAUGAGUCCUCUUGUGAUAUCAUGGAUAUAGAUGCAGAGCAGAGGCUUAACAACGGGACUGUAGGAAAAGAAAACAACUUUGCAUCCACAGAAGAAGAGAGCUCAAAUGAAUCCCUGUUGGUACCUGACAACAUUACGGGGAAUGCCGAAAAGGAUUUGAGGAACGAGUCUCCAACUAAAGGGGAGUGUAUAAAUGGAGAAGCAUCUCUACUCAGCUUAAAAGGGACACCUGCUCCAGCAUGUCACAAUGGGAAAGUGGAAACAGUUGAUGUAGUUUUACCCUGUGUUGACAAUGAUGUAUCUAGUAACAAACAAAAAGCUAUAUCUGAAGAUCAGCCAAAGGAGAAAAAAGAAGCUUCCAGUGAAAACCAGGGAGCUGAUCUGGUGAAAGAGUCUAACACUGAGAUACCACAAUCGAGCAAUAAUGAGAAGAUGUUACAGAACACAGACAUUGAGACUAAAGAUGCUGAGCCAGAUAAAGAAGGUGCAUCCAAAGGUAAGAAAUCUAGAAAAGUCACUCUGGAGCAGCCAAAAUCUGCAAGUCUGGAACACGUUCCAGAGGAACCAUUGGAUCCUGUACCCCCAGUAAUUGUUGACCACAGCAGAUUAAAGAAACUACUUGAUCUGUUGGUUAAGAAAAGUGACAACCUUACUGUUGACCAACUUGAGAGGUUGUACUCACUUCUUAGUCAAUGCAUCUACCGGCAUCGUAAGGAUUAUGACAAAUCACAACUUGUAGAGGAGAUGGAAAGAACAGUUCAUGUGUUUGAAACAUUCCUGUGAACUCAAGAUGGGUGGGUUUAUCCUCUCUCAAACUGCUCCAGGGAGAGCAGUCCUCUGAGCCAUUCAAUUUCCAUUUGCACCAAGUACGUGCAGAGCCUUAGUCUUAAGUGCUCUCUCUCUCCCUUUUCUCUCUUUCUGUUGAAUUUGGUGCUAUUGUCUCAGGUACCUGAAACCAACCAGCCUACAAGAACCAAACGGAACUUCAUAUAGUUGUAUCGGUAUAAAUAACGAAUACAACGCCACAGCUUGGAGAUUUUUGGUGCUACAGAAACUGUUCUCAUUUCUGCUCUUGUUCUCUCUACAUUCAUUGUCUUUUGGGAAACUUCAAACAGUGGAGGAGACAAACAAAAACAAGAAAACUGGAUAGAGCAGAUAUAACAAUGAUGAACUUUUUUAAACAGGCAACAUUUUUUUUCCAGUUUUUUUUUCUCGUCAGAUUUUUCUCUUGUUCUCUGGGGUAAUGGACAGAAACCUGUUUAACGAUGGCAACGAUGCAUUGUGGUAGAUAGCUUGAGUAACUGGAUGUACAUUAAUUUGAAGAUGAGGCUCUCUAGAACUGCCUUUAAUGUGCCUUUUUAGUCAAUUGAGAAAGAUAAGGCUAUUCAGAUGGUUGGGAUUGUAGUGGAUGACAGUUAGAAAGCUGUCUUCAGAGAGAGAAGCUCCAAAUGGGUGAAAUGUGUUUCCUUGUCAUUGAAUGGCAACUAGUAUUAUGGUUCUAACAUGCCUGUCUUACUCUACAGAACUAAACUAAGACACACUAAAAAAGCCACAUAUUUUACCAGAAUGGUGAAAUUCUUUUAUUCCAUCAGUGUAUUUGUUUUUGAAGCAAAUUACACAGUGGAAAUUUCCUGUGUUGAUAAAAAGAAGAGCAGAAAAUACUGUUUGAAGGGGGCUGUUCUCUUACUUUUUUUUUUUUCUUUCCCCGCGGCUCUAUUUAUUUGUUGUCCAUUUUCUUAGAAAUAAAAGAGGUUUAAUUCUGGCAGGUCUCUUUCUCAAUUCCGUGUUAAUUAAAGCUUGGACUUGCUGAAUGGGUGUAAAAGGGAGAGGUGGUUACUCAGAAAAUCUGGAGUCCUUGUUCACUUUAAGGACAACUUAACUAGGCUCCCGCUCCCACAACUCAGUCCAUGUAUAGCAGUAUUAACGUUGGGGGAAAAAGGUGAAAGGUGAACCUCUGAAUUGGUCUGUGCCGACUGCAGUUCUCUGGAUCUGAAUGGUGUAGUUCAGAACCUUUCCUUUCUGGAAAUCGGGGCGAGACCGUCUAGGCAGUUUCAAGAGGCAAAACAUGUUUCAGUGAAAAGUCUUUAUCACAAGCUCAAUGUUAAAAUAUUCCCCGGGCUGAUUUCUAUCAGGCAAGUUAGUGGAAAAUGUUGUAGAAAGGCUGUCUGGUGUUACUACGUUUUACCAUUCAUUAUAACUGUUAUAUGUAGCUGCAGGAAUGUCUUUCCAAAAUAUGCAACACAAUGUGAUUUGUUUUUAAUUAGAGAAAACAGUCUUGGACUACUGCAGAGAUACUGAGCUACCUCAGCUUUUUGUAUUUUAGUUACCAACAGUGUUUACGGAGGACUGUAAUCACUCUGCUACCGUUUACAUGCUGAAGCUAAGGUACUUGUCUCCAUGUCUAUGGCUAUUAGUAGUAUGCCACUGCAGAAAAACAAACUUGGGCUACUGCAGUAAUCCAAAGUGCUUCUUUAUAUUUUAUGUUUAAGCAUCAUAAUUCUAACUUGACCUUCUUCUCCCCCUAAAUGCCACUUGGUUUCUUAAUAUGUAAUAGGGGAAAAAAUAAGUCUUAGUAUGCAUCUAGUUACACUACUCUAAAUGCAACCCGUGUAGAGACACUGUAUUUUUUAGGUGGGAAAGUGCGAUUAAAAAUAAUAGCAAACACAUUUUAAACAAGAGGUUCUUUGAUCUCAGAUUUUGAUUAUGGGGAUUUUUUUUUCAUGUUUUCUUUAGUAUUUAUUACCAUCAUACCUGUUUAAAAUAUUUUGCUCUCUGGUGCAUUAAAAGCAUUUUGUAUUUUGAUGAAAAUUGUUACAAACGUAAAGAUUUGAUUAAAUAAAAUGUAGCAGAUUUUUUGUAGCAAGCUUCUGAUAAAAGGGUUUUUUGCAAGUCUCAGGUUCUUGCUGCAGCAUUUUUAAAAAAUAUUCCAGUUUCACUUGCAUAAAAAAUUUUUUGUUCAAGUAGCAGCAGCACUUGUGAAAGAUAAAACUGCAUACAUUUUUAACAGGUUGCAAAGUUUGUUUGAAUUAAACCAUUGAGAUUUUAGUCAUCAGUGAGUGUGACAAGCAAAUUUAAGCUCAUGCCUAGCAUUAAAAUGGUUCUAAAAGGUCAGGUUCUUUUUGGAAAAAACAACCUUUAGUCAGUAAUAUUGAUUUGAAAACUGAAAGAGGCAUCUUUACUAAUCAAGGAGCUGCCACUUUAACAGUUGAGGUCUUUUGGAAAGAAUUAGCCAAUUUAAGUAUAUUUUAGUGGACAACUUGGGUAAAACUAUAUACUCACUUUUUCUGGCCCAAAUAACCACACUUCAUCAGGUGUUUUUUUUUUUUUUUUUUUCCUUUACAGAUGUCUGAUGGUUAUAGAGUUAAAGCAGCUGUUAAUCUAUCCAUGUGGUCUAAACUUGUUUACUCUUGUAUGAUUCUUAAUUUUUUUUUGCCAUCUAGUAUUGGCAAGAAUUUGUACAAAUUGACCUCUGUUCCUUGUUUCCUGUUGUGAAAAUUGCAAAUAAACUCCUGUGCAAGGCCUUGUUGUCGGGUCAAUAAAGUAUGGCUCAGCCAGACCGAAGUAAGCUUCUCUGUGGGGCAGAGGUAUUGGAGAUAGUAGAACUGUUCUUGGGUGAAGUAGAUGGCUGUGGAGUUAAUUGUAUUUGCAAGCUUGAAUUUCACCUGUGAUUAUUUUUUUUUGUUUGGUGUCCUAUGUAUUGUUACUUGAUUUUUUUUUUUCAUAUGCCAACAAUGUAUUUAUAGGAUUACUGUUUUUUGUAAUAUCUUGUCUUCCCAUUUUUUGAUUAAGUUGGUGGGUCAGUGCUGGCUUCUCCUUCAGUAGCUUGAAUGGCAGGUCCUGCAGCUGAUAGUCAUUAUUUUAUUUUAUUUUUUUGUAAUCACAACAUAAGCUUGAAUUUGGGCUUGUACUUGCAUCUUUUAUAUCUUGUACAUUGGGUUAUUUAGACAUCGGGGAACCCUGUUGUUUGGUUUUAUUCAUGUGUGUCUACUCUGUGGAUUGAGUAGACUUCCUUCAUCAACUAUGGUAUAUUUUGGAUUCUAUAGUUUUAUUCAGAAUUGUGUUUAAAUUGAUAUUUUGCAUUUUGACUUCCUUUUACAUUAGUUUGAAGUAAGUUAUUUAAUUUUUUUGAACUUCUGGAAAUUUUUGAACAUUUUACUGUAAUUUGUAAUAUAACUGCUGUGAAAUACUUGAAUAAAGAUGACAAGAAAAACAUGGU